AUGCGUUUGUUUGACCCGACCUCUGGGUCUCGGGAUUCUGCUAUAAAUAGUGCAAAUAAUAAAGCUCUAUCAUGCGGAAGUUGUUCGGAUUGUAAAAGGCAGCGAACUUCUGCUUCGUGGUGCAAAAAUUGUGAUAUUGCAAAUUUGAAAGAAAAAUUUCACAGUUGGACCAGCGCUUUUAGUUCGAUUUAUUCUGCAAUAUGGAUGGAAGGACCAACUUGGAAUUUGGGCGAAGAAGCUGAAGUAUGGACUCGUAAUGGUCCAAUUAAGGUCAUAUUAAAGCGAUUAGAUAAUUCUCAGAACAUAAAUCAAGAUUUUCUAAAUCAAUUAUGCAGAUGUUAUAAAUGUCUGCAAAGUGGAUCGCUUGCAGGUUAUUUUGGCAUGACUAAAGAUCCGACAUCGUGUUACAUGUUCGUUAUGAGAUAUUAUGAAAAUGGAGAUUUAUAUUCGUAUCUUGAACGAAUCCAUAUACAACUUAUACAAGAGAUUUGCUCAGGAUCGAGACCGAAUAUAGUUGGUGGAACUCCACCCAUUUUCACUAAAUUAAUGUUACAGUGUUUAGAUGCUGAUCCAUCCAAUAGACCAACAGCAUCUCAACUUUGCGAAUAUUUAAGAAAUUGGUUUAUAGCAAUUUGUGAUGACCCUGAUCCAUCCGAAUUAUCAAAUCAAUUUCUGAAGAAAUUAAAUUCUCAAAGCUAUAUACUACAGACGACCAUUAAAUUUUUCGGAAUCUUUUCUAUAUUGAAUAAUGUAAAAGGGAACAUACAUCGUUUAUCGUAUCGCCAAUUCGUUAUCAUUCAUCUUCUGCAUGAAUAUAAAUACUAUCGUUAGUAAAAUUACGGUAAGAAAAAAUUGGCCUUUAUCGAAAAUACUUCCUUUAUUUCCGUUUAAUGCGGUUCGUUAUACUAGAAAUGCCUUUCCUUUGUUCCUCCGAAUUUCGUUUUAUUCGUUCUUGUAAAAAUCAAAAGAUCACAAACUUAAAAUCGUAAUAUUAACAAUUAUGGUAAAUUCUCAUCGGGUGUU